GGCCUUUUCAACUUUUCUGAAAGGUGUGGCGAUUUCUAGACACGGUGAAAUUCCUCCUCCGACAUCAAUCCUGUUCCAUUACUUACUAAGUUUAAGACUUCAACCGCAACAAUGUCUGUUUGGGAUGACUUGGACCUGCUCUUAGACUCCCCCUCCUCACUGACAGUGACAUCUAAUACAAGAGGAACUGUGAAGGACAAGGCAAACUUCAAAGUGGAAGAGGAUGUGUCCGCACUAAGGAAAGCCAUGGAGGGCAUUGGUACGACAGAAAAGACACUAAUUGAGGUGUUGACCCAAAGAAGUAAUGCUCAGCGUCUGCUUAUUGCCCAGGCCUAUGAGAAAGCCACAGGAAGGAAAUUAGUAGCCGACCUGGAGGGCGACACCCAAGGAGACUUUGAAGAUUUGUUGGUAGCCUUGGUAACCUCUCCUGCUGUCUACGACUGUCAAGAAGUCAUCAAAGCCAUAAAGGGAGCAGGGACCACCGAGAGUACGCUGACAGAAAUCUUUGCCUCGAGAUCUAACAGGCAGAUCAAAGCGUUGUCUGAGGCAUACCUUGCAGAAACUGGAAAAUCGAUGAUUCAUGAUCUGCAGUCGGAGGUAUCUGGAGAUUAUGGCAAAGCACUGCUCAUCUUGGCUGAGGGCAAGAGAGACGAGAGCACCAAUGUGGACACUGCCAAAGCUAAAGCAGAUGCUAAGGCCCUGUAUGAAGCAGGGGAGAAGAAAUGGGGAACCGAUGAGGGGAAGUUUAUUGACAUCUUGUGCCACAGGAGCAUUCCCCAGCUGCGACAGACUCUGGUGGAGUACAAGAAUAUAAGUAAGAAGACUCUACAGGAGAGCAUUGAGAGUGAGAUGUCUGGAAGCCUGGAGAGUCUACUGGUGGCUGUUGUUAAGUGUGUGAAGACCGUUCCUGCCUACCUGGCUGAGAGGCUUUUCAAGAGCAUGAAGGGUGCUGGGACCACAGAGUCCACUCUGACCAGAAUACUAGUCAGUCGCUCAGAGGUAGACCUGCUGGACAUCAGAGCAGAGUACAAGAAGCUGUUUGGAUAUUCCCUCCAAUCCCAGUUGGAGUCUGAAGUGUCGGGCAGUUAUGGCAAGGCCCUCAAGCAUCUAUGUGGCCAAGAUUAACUCCUCCCAACUCCAGUGAUGAGAAACAUGUGGUGUGAGGUGCAGAUGGAAGGAACCGCAGCAAAAGAGGAGGAUGACCAGUCGCUGACCUUUUCAUACUGAUUAAUUUCCCAGAAGUGUUCAACCAGAGAGAGCUGUGCAGACUGAUGAUUAACACACACAGAUUUAAGAGGAAAUGUAUACAUGAAGAUGCUAUUGAAUGUUUUUUUGAAUUUAUAAAAUGUAUGUAAUCCACGUGACGGAUUCCUGUCAACUCCACAUUUAUCUUCCUGCAUAUUGUAACAAAAAUAACAAAACAAUGAUGUAAUAACUUUCACAUUUCAGAAAAUAAAAAUACCUUAUUCUAC